CACAAUCCCCAUUGAAAUCGAAAUUCUCACACUGCUAAAACCAUGUAGUGGUAAACCGUAUGCUUACACUUAGAUUUGAAUCCUUGAUCAUUCAUAAAGGAGGCAAGGAAGAAAUGCUGAAAGUGCAUAUUAUGAAGCCGAAUAUGAAAGGGGAUUAUGAAAAUAACUUCAAAUUUAAGCAUGAAUGGUAUAUGUGAAAAGUGAAACUAGAAGACAUAUGCAUAGUAAUAAACUUUUCACCAUCAUAAAGGAUCAAUCAGUCACUCAUGGUUGGCUACCUUCCACAAAUCACAAACAUAUAUGGACCCCUUAACCUCCCCCUCAUGUCCAACGUACAAUUAUUCUUCUUCAUUGUCGUCUUUUCUUUACACGUAAUUUGUUUUUCAUCGUUCUUUAGAAUUGCUUAUCGUUCUUGAUUAUGAAGUCGCGUAGGCCCUUUUUUCCAUUCAUUCUUUAAUUUAGACCUCUGUCUACUCCUUCAUUUAGCUAAGAAUCUAUAUAUAGUGAGUUCUCUAGCCUCUACGUAGCACCACCUACACUACUUACUCUCUCAUUUCACAUUUUGGUUUAAAAUGAGGACGAUGAUAGAUUUGGGAAGGGAAAGAGGACCUAUAGGAGUUCAUAUAAUUACAUCAGCCACCGCCGUUGACUGCAGCAGCAGGGAGGUUGGACUACGGCGAUCUUUAAGAUCCCUGCUUGACUGCAUCGUCCCCGCUUGUUGUGCUGCUGGUUUUGAACCUCAUUCUGAGUCUGCCAACUUUUCUCCAGAAGCUACUUCUUCUUCUUCGCCUUUCUCAAGCGAUACUGAUUCGCCAUCAUCAUCAUCAUCAUCAUCGUCAUUAACCGUUACUCGCUCAUUGUCAUCAUCCUCGACCAUUGUUAAAGGUACAUUCUUUGGGCAGAGAAAUGGGCGCGUUAGCUUUUGUAUCCAGGACGACAACCACCACCACCACCGGCGGACCCCGUCAAGGAGAAUGUCGACAACCGCCACCGCCACCACCAUGUCAUCAUUCUCACAACCUCUUCUCCUUUUGGAAUUCGCUAUUCCCACGUCUUAUUUAGCAAAAGAGAUGCAGCAUGGUCUCCUCCGCAUUGCUCUGGUGGAGGAAGAAAAUAGUCACCGCCAACAACCGCCAAUAAUAUUUGACGUGCCGGUCUGGUCUAUGUACUGUAAUGGUCGGAAAGUUGGUUAUGCCACCAGACGUAAGAUGACAGCUGCCGAUAUGGCUAUUCUUACACGUAUGCAAUCUGUGUCGGCCGGAGCAGGGGUUUUGCCACCGGAAAACGACCAUGGGAGUGACGGGUUCAUGUACCUCCGAGCCAGCUUUCGAAGAAUCAUUGGAUCACCAAACUCAGAGUCGUUUCACAUGAAAAACCCUGAACAUGAUGAACGUUCAUUCUCUAAUAGCCAAAGUGGUGGACAAGAGCUCAGUAUUUUUCUUCUCAGAUCAUCUUCUUGACCAAAAUAUAUUUGCUACAUCGAGUGAGUGUUUAUGUUAUAUGUAUAUGUGUGUAUGUGUGUGUAUACAUAUGCAUCGAGUUAGACUAUCUGCUUAUGGCGCCGUUAAGCUAUUCUGUAAAGAUUUUCCUAUGUUAAGCAUUUUCUACUCCUAUGAUUUUUGAUA